CGCACCGUCAACAUGGCAGUCUUGCGGUGCUCGCAUCUGGUUAAAGUUUAAUCGUAUGGAUUACCCAGCAUGUAUUACUGUCAGUCUCGUCAAACAUAAGCCAUUCCGUGAUGACUGACGCAUGAGGUUGUUAAUUUCAUAUCUGAACCUACCACAGGGCUUCCAUAUGCUAACACCAAGAUACAAUACAGUAUGAAUACAUGGAUACCGGUUUUGAUCGUUGAAAGGAAACUAAGGAUUUAGACACCAUGAUGGCUGACGAUCACCACCACCAGUUCAGGCACAGUGACACUGCCUCAGAAACGGAUUCUAACGAGGACAGCGUCUCUCAAUCAAGUUCACAUGUGGACGCAAAUCCUACGGCACCGUCACAAGUCGCCAAGCCAAGUCCGCAAAAACGCAAAAAUCGUAAAUCCCGACAAGAAUGGGAGAUUAUUGAGGGGUUGAGAGAUGGACAAAAAUGUGCUGACAAGCCAGAGAGGCACUCCAAUUUCUUGAUGAAGAGACGCAAGUGGCCGAUGAAGGGCUGGCACAAGAGGUUCUUUGUUUUGGAGAAAGGAAUACUUACCUACGCCAAAUCCCCCUACGAUGUUCAGAAAGGCAAAUACCAUGGUGUGAUAGACAUCGGUCUGGCUGUAUUGACCUACAAGCGGCCAGGCCACAGGAUCGACAUUGACGCAGAGGAACAGAUCUACCACAUUAAGGUGAAAGACAACAAAUUGUUUGAAGAAUGGCUGGCCAAAUUCAGACACCAUCGUCUUUACCGACAACACGAAAUAUCCUAUGGGACAAAAGAGUCACCACGGCUGACAGAGAUUACCUCCCCUACAGAAGAGUUGCCUCCCUUGACAACAGCAAACUUACCUGAGAAGACACUGACCUUGAACUUGAAGAAAGAUGUUAUUCGUCAGACAAGUUUCAACAAAGGGUUGGCAGGGACGGGUCAGGGUCGGGUCGCGGCCUGGGUGCUGGACACAGCAGGUUUUGAACAAUGCAAUAAAGGUCUGACCGAUGCCCAGAAAGAUCUAUUUGAUCUCCAGGAGCUACUGGAUCAGAUACAGAAUCUACCACUGUCCUCCGACCCAGCCAUUGACUUCUCCGAACUUGAAUCUAGUGAGAAAAAGAAAUCCAGAAGAAGUCUUGGUAUUCGCAGCUCUAAGAAAAAAGAUAGAAAAAUCGGUAGUCCAACCAUUUUAAUGGACCCCAACACCCCAACUUUGUUAAAUGUUCCACCAGAACGCCUGCACUCAAGUGCAUCCAAUCCCAACCUGCUGAACCAUUUCGGGCCCCGCCCACUGAGCCUCCCCGAUAACAUCCUGUCUGCAUCCCACGAGGAACGGAUACAGGAGAUCAAACUGAGAGAGAACUUUAUCACAAAAGCAGAGCAAGUGCACAAACAGCUGAAAUGUCUACUCCACAUGAUGAGCACCGAGAGGGAGAGGCUGAAGCAAACUGUGGAGAAGGAUUCAAGUUCCGCCACCCAGUCCUCCAACACCAUCACCACUCUCAAACAGUCACUGGCAGAGGCUCACCGCCAAAAUGCUGAGUUACGAGGAAAGCUUCUUCGUAUACACAACGAAGCGAGUCUGACCGAUCUCCCACAAACCACAACAUCGCCGCUUUCCUCCCCACACCUCGACCGGGAAACGCCCCCGAUCCAGCUGGGACAGUCCCUGUCCGUGGACAGUUUCUCCAUGUCCGAGUACUAUGAUGCUGAGGAAAUAAUUGAGACGCUCAGCGACUCAUCAUCAGAGCAAUCAGAAGAUGAAGAGGUGUCGAGUGAGGUGUCAGAGGAAGGGGAGACAGAUGGAACACCUAUUACAAGCACUGCAGAGGAGGUGCUUCCAUCAAUGUUCCCGACCGGCCGCAGAUCUAAGCUACCAGUCCCCAAACCAGACACCGGGGACAUCAGCCUGUGGAACCUUCUCUACAAGAACAUCGGCAAGGACCUCACCAAGAUCUCUAUGCCCGUAACUCUCAACGAGCCACUCAGUUCACUGCAGCGUCUGUGUGAGGAGCUGGAAUACUCUGAACUGCUGGACAAGGUUGUGGAGUAUGACGACCCCUACGAACGGAUGAUCUAUGUGGCAGCGUUUGCUGUGUCCUGCUACGCCAGCUCGUACUACCGUGCGGGUCACAAGCCCUUCAACCCCCUGCUUGGGGAGACCUACGAGUGCAUCAGAGAGGACCGGGGAUGGAGGUUUAUAGCUGAACAGGUGAGCCACCACCCUCCUAUAUCGGCCUGCUACUGUGACUCCCGGAACUUCACCUUCUGGCAAGAUGUCCGGAUCAAGACCAAAUUCUGGGGCAAGUCCAUGGAGAUCCAACCCAUCGGAUAUGUCAAUGUCUAUCUUCCAAAGUACGGAGACCACUACAAGUGGAACAAGGUGACCACGUGUGUCCACAACCUGCUGGGUGGUCAGCGCUGGGUGGACCAGUAUGGAGAGAUGACCAUCACGAAUGGAGGCAUCACCUGUAAACUCACCUUCACCAAGGCCAGCCACUGGUCAUCCAACAAGUACGAGGUGUAUGGAAGUAUUCUCAACCCUGACGGGAAUGUAGUGCAUAAUCUGUUUGGCAAGUGGAAUGAGGCUUUCUUCUGUGGCCAUGCAUCGUCAGCCAGGUGUAUAUGGAGGCCAGGCGCCAUGCCGGAGGAUUACGAGCUUUACUACGGCUUUUCAAGGUUUGCCACAGAACUGAAUGAGCUUGAUGAAGAGCAGGCACGCUUCCUGCCUCCCACAGACAGCAGGUUCCGCCGAGAUCAGCGACUGCUGGAAGAAGGGAAGGUGCAGGAGGCGGAGGCUGAGAAGCAUCGACUGGAGCAGAGUCAGCGGGAACGCCGCAAGAAGGAGGCGGAUGUCACGUGCCAGUGGUUCAGCAAAAAGGAUGAGAACGGAAAGGAAUCCUUCGAAUUCAACGGAAAAUACUGGAACAUGCGAAAGGACCCAGGAUUUGCCAAAAUGUCUUUCAUGAAAUUAUGGUGAAGAGAACAGGACCCACACGAGAGUAGAGUUUGCCUACAUCAAAGUGCCAAUGCUAUCGGUGCACCCAUUAAGAGAAUAAUCCAAAAAUGUGACGUGAUCGAUACAUGAUUGCGUGCAACAUCCUACAGAAUAUUUCUGAUGUAAUUCCUUCCAGAAUCUGCCAAAACCUGGCUAAACUGUGUGAAGUGUGUGGAGUGAAUGAGAAUAUGGAGUAAUCUUGUCAAAUGUACUGGUGUUGUAAUCUGAACACUUUUAAUGGAAAAUCGUACAGGAAGCUACGGAGUAUGCCAUGGGAGAAUUGCUGAGGCUAUUGGAGAUAAGAUGGGUGAAAUGUCACUUGUCACUGGUUAUAGGAUAUGGUUCCAAGUUUAUUUUCUCCGUGAACCGAAACACUGUAAAAUUAGAAUUAAAUUCGCAAUUUUGGACCACUUGGACAGGGCCUCAUUACACAAAGCGAUCUUGAGAGCGACGACUAUCGUAAUCCUAUCGGAAGCCUAUCGGAAGUGCGGGAGUUACGAUCACCUUAACGCUAAGAUAGUUUUAUGCAGUGGGUCAGUGGCAUAUUGUUGUACUACACUUAUUUUUUGUUUUUGUAAAGCAUUGGAUUUGUGGUAGUUGUGCAAAAACAAAUUUGCAAGGGUCCCUCUUUUAUUAAAGUUUAAACCAUUAUCUUGUCAAAGUACCUCUGACAUUGUCUGCAUAGUGUUUACUUUUUCCCAUUUUGCGAUGGUUAUAACCCUGAGUAGCAAAAAAGGAAGUCAUGUUCCUUGAUUUCAUAAAGACAAUUCUCCCUGUGUUGAUGUGAUACAUGCUUCUAACCAACAUUUUAAAAUCUAUGUCUUAUUGUAAAUACUGUUGUUGUGUAAAUAUGCUUUUAUUGUAAAUAUCGUGAGAUAAUUGUGUCGACGUUACCCGCUUUCUAUGCAGUUAUAGUGAGCUUUUACUUUAAGUGUCAAAUUUUUAAGAUUUACAUUUUGUCCACAUUGUGGGUUAGUGGAUUUACUAUGAACUUCAACUAUUUAGAUAUUGUAUCAACUUUAUUUGUAUCUUACAAUUGGAGUGUACUUAUGUUUGUAAGGUGGGAUUGCUGACAUCUUGUUUCAGUUAAGAGAUAAUGCAUGUGAGAUUUCUCAAUAUGGAUUGUGUUCAAGGAAAAUCUUUUAAGCACUGAACAUUGAGUCUUUACAGUAAAGAAAUCAGCCAUUUAUACAAGUUUGCUCCUUUAAAGCCUGACUCCCUGUUAUAAUAUGAACUGCAUGCAUAUUGCAUGCAUAUGUUAUCAUAUAACAUGUAUUUACUUGGUAAGACUAUAAUAUAUAUAUUAUUGAUAACUUUCCUCAGAAAUGACAACACUCUGAAAUAUCAUUUUGAGAAAUGUUUUUUCUGGGUCCACUGAAUGCUUUUUAAUGGAAAUAAUAUCUUGCAUAUAUUCAAAUACCCUGAUGAUUGAUAAGAAAGUUGAGUGUUAAUUGUCUGGGGAAUGUUUGAUGAGCUAUGAUGAUCAUGGUUCUAUUGGUUUUAUUGUGUUUUAUGGCUUUUUCCUCACGUUACUGCCAUUCAGAUAUUAUAAUUGUUGUAAGGAGUCAGUUCAAAAGUUUGAU